AAAUAGACUAAAUAAGUUUCAAUAAACUUUUAAUUAAAUUUAUUUCAACAAACAUUUGAUUCAAAACGUUGAACAGUUGUAUUCGAACUAUUGAUAGAUAGAUAAAAAUAUAUUCGUACAAAUGUUUUAUGGAACAAAACUAUUAGGACAAAUAAAUAUUGGAGAUACUGCACUUUGUGUAUAAUAUUUGUUGAAACUAUCGAUUAAUGGAUAAAUUGUUAAUUGAAUGAGUAAUUUAUGGAACAAAAAUCAGUGAUCCUUGUCUUUAUCUGAGAAAUAAUAACAUACAUUUCUGUUAUCUUUCAAGUAAAUUAAUCUGAAUUCAAUAAAAUUAGAAACAAGUUAAAUUUUUAAUCGUUGUAAAAUGAGAAUAAUUCAACGUUUUGUGAAUUUAUUUUAUUACACUUAAUAUCAUUUGAUUUUUGUUUAUUUCAUUUAUAUUUUUUAAUUCGAGUGCUUAAAGUUCAUUAAAUUUAAAAGCUAUUUUACUGUUAUUCCUUUUAAAUAAACUCAUCUAAUGGAAAUUGAUACGAAAUGUGUUUAUGAUUUAUUAAAAACUCACAGAGAACCUAUCAUACAAGAUAUACAAGGAGAUGUGAUAACUUUUUUAUAUGAAAAAAAUGUAUUGAGUGAUGAUGAUUUUCAAGCUAUAAAAUCAUUAGAGAAUCCAAAACAGGAGGCAUGUAAACUGCUUGAUUUAUUACCUUAUAAAGGUAGUUAUGGUAUAAAUCAAUUUAUUGAUUAUCUUUCAUCUGAAUAUUCAUGGAUUGCUGAUCCAAUAAAAAAAACCAUAUUUAAUGAGUAUAAUGAUGUUUAUGCAAAAAAAAUUAGGAACGCUUUAGUCAUUGGUGAAGUACCUCAAUUAUCUUUGAAACAUGUUACACGAACUGAACUAGUCAAUAAUUUGAAAUAUCAUUUAAAAAAUUUGGUUAAUGGUAAAUUUAUUGUAGUAUCAGGUAUGACUGGUUGUGGAAAAUCUAGUUUAGUCGUUGAAAUACUACAAGAUCCAUUGAUUACAAUAGAACUUUUUGAGGGUCAUGUGCAGUGGAUUAAUGUUGGCCGUGGAAAUUCUGUAGAUGUUGGAAGUGUUCAAAGUGAAUUAUUUAAUAGGUUACAAAACCAAAAUCAACCAUUAGCACCUCCUCUUACUACAGAAUAUGAAGAAAUUAAAAAAAUAAUCCAAAAAAAAUGGAAAAGCACAAUGUCAAAAGGGUUAUUAAUUUUGGAUGAUGUUUCUGAUCCAAUCAUUAUCAGAUAUAUGGAUAUUAAUUGUAAAAUGCUAAUAACUACUAAUGAUGAAGGUGUUAUGGAUGAAGUAGAGGAUUCUAGAAUACAAUUUGUUAGAAUUGGAGAAGGAUUUCAAAAAGAAGAAUCAUUAAAAUUGUUUUCUAAAUGCUUAGACAUAGAUAUAAAUUUGUUGCCACCACAAGCAUCUUUAAUUCAUAAACUUUGCAAAGGAUUUCCAUUGACUAUUUCUCUUAUUGGAGCUCAACUUGAAGCUCACAAAGAAGAUUCAAAGCAAAAUAAAGAUAGAUGGCUGUUUUAUUUGCAGAAAUUUUCAAAAAAAGAUAAAAAUACCAUUGCAGAUACUUUCAAGCAUAAUAGAAGAAGUUUUCAUAAACUAAAAAGUCUUGAUAAAGCAAUUGACCUAUCUAUUAAUGAUUUACCUGAUGAUUUACAAAAAUACUUUCAAGACUUCGUUUUAUUUGUAUAUGAUGUGAAUAUUAAGCCAGAAGUUUUAUCAAUAUUAUGGAAUCUAAAUAAAAUACAAGUAGAAGAUAUUAUGCUUGAAUUUAUCCGUAAAAGUUUAGUUGUAAGAGUUUGGAUUCAACCUUUAAACAGUUAUACUUAUUCAGUUCAUGAUUUAAUCUUGAAUAAUUUGAAAAAUAAAAUUGAUAAUGAAAAUGAAAAAAGUCUUCAUAGAAAACUUAUUGAGUGUUAUAAAAUUUAUUGUAAAGGAAAUUUUGCACAACUUCCCAAAAAUGAUAAUUAUAUAUUUUUAUAUUUUGGUUAUCAUUUGAAAAAAGCAGAGUUAUUUGAUGAAUUUGCAAAAUGGUUUUUGAAUUUAAAAUUUCUUGAAUCAAAAAUACAUGUUGCUGGUCCGGCAGACUUGUUAGCUGAUUUGAAAAAAUAUAAAAAGUACAUAUUUACAAAAAAACUGUAUGAUCAAUAUUUUGAUGAAAUGGAAAGUUUUAUUAAACGUGUUGGACCUCAUGUUUAUAGAACAAAAUGUGAUAUAAUACAAAUAGGUUUGCAAGAACCUGAACAGUCAUUCAUUUACAAAAAAUCAUUAGAAAUUGCUAAGUUAAACGGAAAAUUAUAUUUUUAUAGUAUUAUUCAAACAUCUCUUGAUUUUGAACCAAAACCAAAAAUGUUUGUAGCACCUGAAGAAAUACAAACAGUUAUUUUUGGAAAUAAACAUGAUGAAAUUAUUAUUGGUUGUAAAAAUGGUUGUAUAAAAGUAUGGAAUGCAAUAACAAACCAACUGUUAUAUACUUAUUAUGGUCAUACUCAAAAAGUUACUAAUUUGGUUAAAAAUAAAUUGAAAGAUAGACUCUUAUCAUCUUCUGAUGAUUUAACUAUCAAAGUAUGGAAUAUAGUUGAUUUUCCCUUAGAAAAUUCAAUAACUCGUACACCAUCACCUGAAACCAAGCAAGACCAUUGGAAAAGUGCAUUUAAUGAAAGUAGUUCUAUCAGACAGUCUAAUAUUUCAGAUUGUAUUGUUACCCUUAAAGGACAUACUGCACCAAUUAAAUGUGCUCAAUUUUCAUCUAGUGGUAAAUUUAUUGUCUCCUCUUCACUAGAUAAAACAUUAAAGAUUUGGAAAUUAGAUGAUGGAAUACUUCAUAAAACAAUAACUCAAUAUGGAGUAAUAAAUUGGUGUUGGUUUAUGGAAUGUGCCACUAAAGAUCACAUUGUUUAUUCAGCUAACAAUCCUACUGGUAGUGCUAUUUAUAUUACCCAUUGGCCUUAUGAAGAAAAUAAAGGGAUGUACUAUACAAAAGAAAAAAUUUUAUCUUUUUAUCCUUUACUUGAAAAAGAAGAAGAUGAUACUGUAUUAAUAAUGACUGCAAAAAAUGUUGGUCUUUACAAAUUGAAGUCAGACAAAACUUGUCCUCAGCUUAAAGAAUGCCCUCAACCUAUUGGUUUUCAAGAAUACAUAUUAUCUUCUAUUUCAGAAGGUAAUGAUGGCAAAACAAAAAAUUCUCGUUUUAUAGCACUUGCUUUAAGUAAUAGUACAAUAAAAAUAUGUAAUUUAAUGACUGGUUACAAUGUUUUGGAUUUAAAUGAACCUAUUCAGGGUAUUUUGAAUAUGGAUUGGUUUUGGUCUGAUACUGUUCAUUGGUUAUUGUGUGCAACAGAUGAUAGAUCAGUUAGAUUAUGGAGCUUAGAUGACAUAACUAAAACUUUGUGUAAUUUUAACUCUAAUACUGUUGUGACAUCUGUAAAUCACCUAGACUUUUGUAAAAAUGAAAAAUUAACUUUAGAAAAUUACAAAUUAUCUUUGACAUUCAAACAACAAGAAACAUUUUGUUGUAAAUUAAAUCCAAAUUUUGAUGCUGUAUGGCUUGAUAACAAUUCUGUUUUAAUAGCUGCUGUUACAAAGUGUGGUAGAUUAAAAAUUUUGUAUGAAGGGUUAGAUCAAUGGUCACUUAUUGAUAAUAAAGUUUCAACAUUAUGUAUAGCUUAUUCAAAGCCUACUGUUGAUGAAUUAAUUGUUAUUGUAGCAUGUGAAGAUUUAUCUAUGCAUAUUUUAAAACAUAAAACUUCAGAACACCUUUUUAAUACUGAAAAUAAAGUAGACAGAAUUUAUGCAUGUUUUAAUUCUGAUAAUAUUACUCUAGCUAUGUUAUUACUAGCACUCGAAAUAAAGAAUGGAGAUUCAUAUCAAGUAAUAGAAGUAUGGAACAUGCAUCAUAAAUUCAAAAUCUAUAUUCGCAAUUUUAUCGACUGUUUCGUGUUUGCAGACUCAAUAAUUAUAAUUUUUAAUUAUCAUGAAAUACAGAUUAUAGACAUGAUAAAUGGGAUAUUGUCAAAAUCUGAAAUUAAUGGUUGUAUGAAGAUAAAUGGAAGUCUAAUGCUUGAUCACUCUACUUUGGCUGUGACUGAUAAUGGUAGUUUAAAGAUAUUCAAAAUUAUCGAUCUUGAGAUUUGUGCAAUGGUUGAACAGUACUCACUACCAUUUAAUAAUAAUGAAUUAACUACAAUUAGCAUAUCACAUGAUGGUAAUUUUAUUGCUGUUGGUGGUCAAACAUGUAUUUUUAUGAUUGAUAGAGUGUUGAAAACAUCCAAGCAGUUUUAUAGUAAUUCAAAUAUGAAUUAUGUACGAACAAUGAUGUGGUCAUCAAGUGAUCAUCUUUUAUCUACAAAAGAAGAUGAUCAAAUUGUUGUUUACGAAGUUAAAUCUUGUAAUAAAAUAGCAAGUUUUAGAAUAGUAGCUGAUAAAUUUAUAGUUGAUUCUAAUUUAAGAACUUUCUUGACUAUUAACGCUGGAGGUCAUUUAGUAGUGUUAAAAUUAUUGAAUAAUCAAAGUUCCUCAAAUUAUAUGUAAAAAUAAUUAAAUAUCAUCCUAAAAUUACCUAUUCAAUUUUUUAAGAAUAGGUAAGUAUAGUAUUGAAAUUUUUUAUAUAAGGAGUAGUUAAUUUAAAAUCGUUUUUUGAAAAAAUGUAUAGAUUUUUUGGUUUCCUACAAUAUUGUUGUUUCUUAUGACUGUAGAAAACAACAAUAUUGUUUUGUUUAUGUGAAAAAAAAUAUGAUAUAUGAAAUUGCUCAAGUAUUUCUAAUCACUAAAUGCUAAUAAAAAAACCAUUCAACUUUAAUUGAGCAUCAAUAUAUUUUUUCAAAGUUCAGGGUUUAUUAAGAUAUUAUUUAUACUUAUAUAAAGUAAAGUGGAGCAAGCACGUCUGUUUAAAAUUAUGUAUCUUAUUUAAAAAUGAAUUUUAUUUAUUUGAGGUUGCAUAGAAAUUUCACCCAAUUCAUCAUUGCAUAACUAGAUAAUAAAGGACAAAUAUAUUUUUGAUAUUUCUGAAUUUAGUAUAUAAAUAUAUACUAAACUAAUAUGAAACCUUCACUUAAGAGAAUUAUAUAAAAUUGAUUCAAACUAAUGUAGUUUAUACCUAACAGGUUUUAUAUAAAAGGUUAAAACUUUGAAGUCAAUCAUUUAAAAUUAAAAUUUUUUGAGCUGUUGUGCUUUUUAUUGAUGAGAAUAGUCCAGAUAUCGGAAUAUUCUGAAUUUUAGUAUCCGAUGUUCAUUUAUCUAGACUAUCCAAAUUAUCCAUAAAUAUGUUCUUAUUUUGUUAAAUCAUUAUUUUUUUUUAUAUUUAAAUAAAAUAGUGUAAUCAUUAGAGAUGUGCGAUUCCAAAUCUAAAAUUGGACAUAUGAUAUGUUUUUGACUAGUUAAAAAAAGAUUAAAAAUUUAUCGACAGUUAAUUAUUGUUUCAUUAUGUUAAAUAUAAAUGACCAAAGGCAUAAUUAUUAUUAUGUAUUGAUAAAUGAGUAAUCCUUUAUGAAUAUGAUUAGUACAUCAAUAUGUUAAUGAAAUAUGUCCAUUUUUUUAAUUUUUAUUUUGUAUUAUAAAAUAUAAAAUAUUUAUAUUUUUGUAAAGUAUUGAUUGUAUUAUUAUUUAUUAUACUACUAUUAUUGA